AAAAGAGCGAGCACUCAUGAGCGAAGUUAAACCAACAGGCGUGGUUGAACAUAUCCUUACAACCGCGGACACGAUCGCCUCCUGGGCUCGAAACGGUUCCUUCUGGCCACUUAGUUUCGGUCUCGCCUGCUGUGCUGUCGAAAUGAUGCACUCUUCCAUGUCCCGCUACGACCAAGAUCGCCUUGGUAUCAUCUUCCGCGCUUCGCCUCGCCACUCCGACGUCAUGAUAGUUGCCGGCACCGUUACGAAUAAGAUGGGGCCGGCUCUUCGCCAGUGCUACGACCAAAUGCCCGAGCCUAAAUGGGUCAUCAGCAUGGGGAGCUGUGCUAACGGCGGUGGAUAUUAUCAUUACAGCUACAGCGUGGUCCGAGGCGUUGAUCGACUUGUCCCUGUGGAUAUCUACGUCCCAGGAUGCCCUCCUACAGCAGAGGCACUGCUAUAUGGAAUCUUUCAGUUGCAAAGAAAGAUUCGCCGAACAAAGACUUCAAGGAUGUGGUAUAGGAAGUGA